GUCAUUUCAAUAUUUACAACAAGAACGUGAAUAGAAACAAUACGUAAUUUACUCUAAUUUCGUUUCUUCUAUAAGUUUUAUGCAUUCGAGGUUCACUAAAGACGAAUUAUUUUCAUAUAGUCAAUGCUGAGUCAUUAUCUGUUUUCAAAUACAAAAAGUGUCCAAUGUAUCCGAGAAGGUUAAAGCUUUAUUUCUACUAAAAAUAUUAGUUAUAAUAGAAGUGUCCUUAUAGCAAUAGUUUAAGAAGUGCAGAAGAAGAUCGAAUGCUAUCUACUUAGGGUCUCAUUAAAUUCUAUAUGAACUGAAAGUAAUUUCUUUUCCAAUAUUCAAAACCACUGAACAAUGAAAUAUAAGUACCCCUUUUGCCUAUUUUAUAACGCAGUGCGUGUUGUUCUAACCGUAUUAAAAAAGAAGUUAGGAGGAUGCAAUGCGAAAGACAAUGUUCCAGUAGUGUAGUGGUUCGGGUUAUAUAUUAUUAUAAGUGCAAAAUUAAAGGUCUAACUAUAAUGUGCAUAAGCUGCCGUAUGUUACUGUCAAAAAAUGAACGAAAAGCCUGUCAAAUGCAUAACGAACGCAGAGCAGACAUUUGAAUGACUAUAAUGUGCUUACAUGCAGAAGAAGAAAGUGUCAAUAAGCAAUUUGUGUUUUGGUUUUGUUUCGUUUGAACUUUGCAAAAAUUAACAGAAAGUUAAAAUAUUUAAAAACAAUAAAAAUCCUUACGUCUGUUUUAGACGGAAUACGCAUAUUGAUAGAAAUUAGUGAAAUUACAAAAAAAAGAGUUCGGUCGUGUUCAGUGAGGGAAAUAAACAGAAAGAGGAAGAAGGAUGGUUUCUUUGUACGAUUCCUGGAAAUGAAGAGGAUUGACCACUCAAAUUUUUUAUAUACACGCGAAUGACGCCACAAGUAUAUGGGCUUUUGCUUACUCUUGUUGAGCCCUUUUUAAAAAAGCAUUCGUUGAGGGAGUCUGUGCAACCGGAAUGUCGAUUAGCUUUGACAUUACAAUAUUUGUCACAAGGAACUUCGUUUCAAUCGUUGGCAUGGUCAUUUCAACUGGGGAAGGAAACGUUUAGGCGCAUUAUUCUGGAGACAGCUGAAGUCCUUUGGACGGAGUUAGGCGCUCUUUAUGUAUCUGAGCCUAAUGAAGAAGAUUUCAAGCAAAUUUCUCAAGACUUCUGGGAACUGUGGAAUAUGCCCAACUGUGUUGGAUCUAUUGAUGGGAAGCAUAUCGCUAUUCGAUGCCCACCUAAGAGCGGUAGUCAAUUUUUCUGCUACAAAAAUUUUUUUUCAAUUGUGUUGUUAGCAGUGUGUGAUGCCCGAUAUCGGUUUACCUAUAUAGAUAUUGGUGCAUAUGGAAGUCAGAGUGAUGGUGGUAUUUUUCAAGUGAGUCGAUUGGGAAAGAGGUUGCUAGAUCACAAACUUCCCAUCCCUCCAGCGAAAAACUUACCAAAUACGCAACUAAAAACUCCACACUUCUUCGUUGGUGAUGCUGCCUUUCCUUUAGGGAUAAAUUUAAUGCGCCCAUACCCUGGGGGAAUGCUACCAAAUGAAAAAGAGAUUUUUAAUAAAAGAUUAUCAAGAGCUCGUCGCACAAUUGAAAACUCUUUUGGAAUACAAGUAGCGCGUUGGCGAGUUUUACUAACAACAUUACAUUUAUUUCCGGAAAAUGCAGAAAAAAUUGUUUUAGCGUGCGUUGCCUUACAUAAUUUUAUUAUGUUUAAUAACGUGAAUGCAUCUUCGUAUAUUGCAAGCAACUAUGCUGAUUGGGAGGACUCUAAUGGUGAUUUUCAUGACGGUUUCUGGCGUAGAGAAGUUGAAAGUAAUAUCCCAUCGAUUAUGCAAUCUUCCAAUUUGCAUCAUUACGGUGGAAGAAGUUCUUUGGAAAUUAGAAAUAACUUAUGCAGUUUUUUUAACACUUUUUAAAACAAUUCUAAAAUCACAUAUCUAACAUCAUUUCGAACUUGUUUAUUUCUUUUUUAAUAAAACUAAAUGGAGUUUAAUGAAAUUCA